AUGUCCAGCGAGGCUAGACCGCCCUUCCCACCUUUUACGGCCGAGACGGCCAAGAUCAAGGUCAAGGCAGCUCAAGAUGCAUGGAACACCAGAAACCCUGCUCAGGUCAAAAUGGCAUACACCCCAGACUCCAUCUGGCGCAACCGCGACCAAAUGUUUCAAGGUCGUGACGCCAUCGAGGCUUUCCUGACCAAGAAGUGGGAGAAGGAAAACGGCUAUCGCUUGAGAAAAGAAUUGUUCUCCUUUAUGGACAACAAGAUUGCCGUACAGUUCUGGUAUGAAUGGCACGACGAAGAGGGACAGUGGUACCGGUCCUAUGGAUUGGAAGACUGGACGUUCGCGGAGAACGGCUUGAUGAGGAAGAGGCAGAGCAGCAUCAAUGACGUGAAGAUUUCAGAGGACGAGAGGUGGUACAAAGACGGUGUCGAUGUCAAUACUGUUGACAUUAGCGAAAAGCACUGGUAG